ACACGUUGAUAAAUGUCAGAUAUCAACUGUCAUCGCAAUUCGAGUCGAAUCUAGUAAAGUCAGAAUCUAAAAAGAGAAAAUCGAGAAUAUUAAAAAUAAAAGUAACUGAGACGUGGUAUCCAAAAUUAAAUUAUAGACUUUUCAUUCAGUCUACCCGCACAAUGUAGGUGACUGACAAUUCACAUUCCACCCUGAAGGAAAAAAAUUGAUUACACUUAUUUUAUCGCCAUCAACAUGUCUUGCUCUGCGAUAUACAUCCUCGACGUGAAAGGGAAAGUUCUUAUUUCCCGUAAUUACCGAGGCGACAUUGAUCUUGGGGUUAUAGACAAAUUCAUGCCCCUUCUAAUGGAAAAAGAGGAAGAAGGACUGCUAACUCCUAUAUUACAAACGACUGAUUGUACAUUUUCGUAUAUCAAAACAAAUAACCUCUACAUUGUAAGUACUACCAAGAAAAAUGCUAAUAUUGCUUUAGUAUUUGUAUUCUUGCAUAAAAUAGUUCAAGUGAUGACAGAAUAUUUCAAAGAACUGGAAGAAGAAAGCAUAAGAGACAACUUUGUGGUAAUUUACGAGCUUUUAGACGAGCUUCUAGACUUUGGAUAUCCACAAACUACCGAUAGUAAAAUCCUUCAGGAGUAUAUUACACAGGAGGGCCAUAAAUUAGAAAUUCAGCCACGUAUUCCAGUAGCUGUUACUAAUGCAGUGUCUUGGCGGUCCGAGGGAAUAAAAUAUAGAAAAAAUGAAGUAUUUCUUGACGUUAUAGAGUCUGUGAAUCUGCUAGCCAACGCGAAUGGUAAUGUACUAAGGAGCGAAAUUGUUGGAGCCAUAAAGAUGAGGGUGUACUUAUCUGGAAUGCCAGAAUUACGUUUAGGUCUCAACGACAAGGUGCUGUUUGAAAGCACAGGUCGUGGUAAGUCAAAAUCUGUUGAAUUAGAAGACGUGAAGUUCCACCAAUGCGUCAGGUUAUCCCGUUUUGAAAUUGACCGAACAAUAUCAUUCAUCCCACCUGACGGAGAAUUUGAGUUAAUGUCAUAUCGCCUCAACACUCAUGUUAAACCGCUCAUAUGGAUCGAAUCAGUUAUAGAACGCCAUGCUCAUAGCAGAGUUGAAUAUAUGAUUAAAGCUAAGUCACAAUUCAAAAGGCGUUCUACUGCUAACAAUGUGGAAAUUGUCAUUCCUGUACCUAAUGAUGCAGACUCGCCCAAGUUUAAAACAACAAUCGGGAGCGUCAAAUAUGCCCCAGAGCAGAAUGCAAUAACUUGGACAAUCAAAUCUUUUCCUGGGGGUAAGGAAUAUUUAAUGAGAGCUCAUUUUGGGUUGCCGAGUGUGGAGUGCGAAGAUACAGAAGGUAAACCUCCAAUACAGGUCAAAUUUGAGAUUCCAUACUUCACAACUUCAGGAAUUCAAGUGAGAUAUUUGAAAAUCAUUGAAAAAAGUGGAUAUCAAGCUUUGCCUUGGGUUAGAUAUAUUACACAGAAUGGGGAUUAUCAGUUACGUACCAACUAAGCUUAAAAUUUUAAUAUUUUUCUUGAAUCUUUUAUUGCAUUUUUAACAGUUAUAUAACUUUUAUUCCAUCCAUUAUUGUAAUAUUGAGUUGAAAAUUCAAGUAUUAUAUACAAUUGUUUCAGUACAUCAUAUUAUUUACCCAAA